AUGGCGGGGUCCGUGGGUCGCGACCGCGCCUUCGAAGCAACCGCGGAGAGCGCUCAGCUUGUUGCGCAGCCAAACCCCGAGCAUGAACCUCCGCGUCCCCAAGUGCAGGCUCGUCCUGCUGCGUCGGCGCCCGUGCGCCGUCUUGAGCGCGGGUUGUCUCUUCCGCUGCGCGGGGCGGAUCGUCACGCGUCUCCUGAGCAAUCCCGUGCUCCCCUAGUCGUCGCGUCGAAUGCCGAGCCAGCUCGACAGGAGCGGGGUCGGUCUCCGCAGCCUCGGGGAUCUCGACCCGCGUCCCCUGUGUAUCGCGCCCCUGAGCUGCACGAGUCGCGGCGGAGGUGGGAGGAAUAUCAGCGGGAUCUUCGGCGCCGCGACCGCCGCUACCGCUCUCCUCAGAGGUCGCCGGAAAAGCAGUCUCCACGGCGGCGUUCCCCUCAUCAGCGGUCGCCGCAUCCGUCGCCUCCCCGUCGGGGCCGCGGGGCUCAUGCGGGCCGCUGGGAGUCACGCCGCAGGGAACCUUCCCCGCCUCGCCCUCAGUCGGCUGGCUCUGGCGGACGUCGUGGGCGGCGGAAUAAUUCCGCGCGCGGCGGAGGUAGUCGCGGCCAGGGUUCCGCGGCUGACCGCGCGGGGAAUAUGGUGGCAGAUGCGGUGCGGGAGGUGCAAGCGGCGGGGGCGGCGGCUCAUGUCCAUGUGUCUGUGACCACUGAGCCCCCCGCCGGCGCUGUUGCGGUUGAUGCGGCUCCGUUGCGCUCGCCGACAUUGCGGGAGUAUCUGCCAGCUGCAGCGGCGAGGGGGCCGUUCCGCGGGCGCCGCCUAGCUCCUGGGUUCCCCGCUCCGCUGAAUUCGGUGGGCCAUGCUCCGGGCCUGGUGGCGGCGUUUUCGCCGCGCGGAGUUCCGACUGCACCUCUCCCCAGCCGCGCGGGGAGAGACCCCACGCUGAUGCCUCUCACUCGUGCCUCUCUCUCCUGCCUCUCCCUCCGUGUGCACCAGGCGAUCACCAUCGUUCAAGUCGCGGGGUUCGGGGGAGCGGCAGACGCGCUCGGGGGGGCGUCGUAUAACCCGCUCACGAACCUCAUCAACUACCUCGCCGACGAGGACGACGAGACGGCGCUCAGCUUGCUGCUGCGCCUCCCCGCUCAGGCAGGUGGCAUGGUGAUAGGUGCCAUGCUGACGUGGACGUUCAUUCCGGAUUCUCUCAAGCACACAGUCAACGGGCCCGCGCUGCCACCUGGCGUCUCGGUAUUGGCCGGCGCGACAGCGGAGUUUACGCUCACGUUUCUGCUGUUCCUGGUGGUGAUGUGGACACUGUUCCUGGGCCCCAGCAGCGACCGCUUAAAGGAAUUCAUCAUGGUCUCAGCCACAAUAGUGGCUAUUGCUGCUGGCAUGCGCUUCUCUGGUCCUUCCCUGAACCCCCUCUUUUCGAUUGGGUGGGUGCCAAUGUUGGAUCAGGAUAUGUCAGCCAUGCACUGGAUGUUCUACCGGGCUGCUCUGUCCCGCACGUAUCUUCCCCCACUGCUCGUCUCCUUCCCUAUUCCUCCCCUCUCCCCUCCUGCAGGCGUUCAGGCGUUUGGGUGGGUGUACACAUUGGAUCAGGAGAUGUCGGUGCAGCACUUCAUAGUCUACUGGGCUGCUCCCACUGCCGGUGCCGUGCUCGCAGCAGCCUUCUACCGCAUCUACCUGAAACCGCACAAGGCGGCUCUGGAGGCGAAACGGCGGAAGGAGAGAGAAGGGAAGGAAGGGAAGGAAGGGAAGGCUGGGGAGAGAGGGAAGGGGGAGGAGGAAGCACUGAGGGCCAGCAGAGAAGCAAAGGGGGUUGCGGCGGAGAGAGGGGGCGAGGGGUUGCGAAAACGGGUGGGUGCGGGGGUGCGUGAAGAGGACGAAGACGCUAUGGCUGGUGUGAAUAAUGGUGUUGGUGAAGGGACAAACAAAGCAGAGUGA